AUGGAGACUAAUGUGAAUCAUGCUAUAAAUCAUAUUGGCGUCUCGCUUCCCGUUGAAAACGUGCAACAACUUGCUUCCAAAAACUUGAAAGACAUCCCAUAUCGCUACAUCCGUCCUGAAUAUCAGACUGAUGAAGUUUCAGUCGAUGAGUCAUCACAACUUCCAGUUAUUGAUAUGAACAAGCUUGCAUCUGGAAGUAUGGAAUACCAAACCGAAAUGUCAAAACUUCAUCAGGCUUGCAAGGAAUGGGGAUUCUUUCAGUUGACCAAUCAUGGAGGAGCAACAGAAAUUGAAAAAACGAAGGUGGCUGCAGAGGAAUUCUUUAAACUGCCAUUGGAAGAGAAGAUGGUCUGUGCACAACAGCCACAUAUUAAUCUUGAAGGAUACGGUCAAUCAAAUGUUUUUCUUGAUGAUCAAAAGCUCGACUGGAGCGACAUGCUCCUACUUUUCACUCUACCAGUAUUUGCAAGGAAUAAGAAUAUCUGGCCUAACAAUCCAACUUCUUUCAGAUCAGCCUUAGAGGACUACUCGCGCGAGUUGCACAGGAUCUGUAUUAGUCUUUAUGAAUCGAUUGCUAAAAAUCUCGGGGUGGACUUUAAGGAAUUCAUGAACAUGUCUCAAGAAAGCACACAAGUAAUAAGAAUCAAUUACUAUCCACCAUGCUCCCAAGCCGACAAAGUUGUAGGUAUCGGACCACACUCUGAUGGAUCUCUAUUGACCUUAUUGGUUCAAACCAAUGAAAUGGAAGGCCUCCAAAUCCGCAAAAAUGGUAAAUGGGUACCUAUAAAUCCUCUUCCGGGAGCCAUCAUAGUAAACGUUGGUGAUAUGAUGGAGAUAAUGAGUAAUGGGGAGUUCAGAAGCGUUGAGCAUAGAGCUGUGGUGAAUUCGGAGAAGGAAAGGAUAUCCAUUGUUGCAUUUCACAAUCCAAGUUUGGAAGCAAGUAUUAGUCCCCUGCCGGAUCUUGUGAAAGAAAAUGAAGCCAAAUACAAGACGGUGAAGUAUGGGGACUAUCUAAAGCUCGUAUUUAGCAGCAGAUUAGAUGGCAAAAACGUUAUCGAUAAUGUGAAAAUACACAACUGA